GUAAACAAAAUUUUAUAAUUAACAGGUUUAACCUAACUGGUAUUUAUGAUAACUAUAAUAAAUAGCUCAGGGAUAUUUUAUAUAAAGAAUUCGUAUCAUUAUUAAGUCUGACUUAUUUAUAGUAUCAAGCUUCUAUAAUUAGAAAAUUAUCUACACCACUCUUCUUUAACCGUUUUUUUUUAAGUCUGUCACCCCUUUUCCUUUAUAGAAUAUUUUCUUGUCUUAACCUGGUAGUUGUGACUACAAUUCCUUACAAGACAUUUCUUAUUGGUCUUGAGGUUUCUUCCAAUUACAUUGUAACUACUUCCUAAUAUUACACGUAUAACAUCCAUAAUUCUUUACUGUAAAUAGAUCACGUGAUUGGUUUUUGGAUCGAAUUAUAUACAGGACCCGCCAAAUUCAAAUUUUGAAAACUACGAAAUUUUUUUCGUCUUUUAACGAAACAACCAAAAGUUAUGAUAGACAGUUAAUCAACUCUAAUCACAUUGAUCCAUCACCAUGAGUUCUUUAUUGAAGAAAAUACCGAGUCAGGCUAGACUAAAUCAAGCCAAGGAACUCAGUGCCGCUGUGUUUGGACACACUUGGAAUCCAGCAUGUAAAAGAAAUGGAUCAAAAAUAUUAAGACAAGAAUUAAAAGGUCCUCAAAUUUCGAAAUAUUAUGGUGUUAAUGAAGAAUUACCAACGUUUAAAGAUUUUAAGAAAUGGUUCCCUGAAUUGAAAUUGGUUGAUCCAAGAGAAGAAUAUAGAUUAAAGAUGGUUCAAGAUAGAAAGAAGAGAAAUAAGGGUGCUCCAAAGAAAAAGUCUGAAUAGAGACCCCAUCCAUCCAUCCAUUCAUUUAAUCAUUUCCAUAUAAUACAUUCAACAUCAUAUAUACUU